CCGCCGGAUGCUACCACGGAAUCGGCCUUGCUGGAAGGAAGGGCAGCGCCGCCUGCGCUCCAGGACUGUCUCGGGCUCCCGAGGGCCCAGCAACAACCAGAGACCCAGCGACCACCAGCUGCCCACCGCGCGCACUAGCAAUCAGCUCCGCGGAAUCGCGUGGAGCCGCCCAAUGCUCUGCACCCGGAGCGCUGGCAAGCAGCAGGCCCAGACCACGUGGGCAGGGAGAGGGGCGGAGCUCCAGGCCCCGGGGAGCGGACCAGGCCGGGCGCACUCGCCCAUUGGCCACAGGCGCGCCGCGAAGGCGCUCCAUCCAAAUGGGCCUCGCGUGGGCGGGAACAAAGAAGCGAACGCGGGAGCCCGGAGCGCGCGCCCUCCGCAGACUGGGGCAGCCAGCUGGAACGGCCCGGGCCACGUGCAGACCGGAGCCCCGCGGGAGGCGCGCCGGGGAUCUGGUUCCAGCCGGCGCGAGGACAAAACACGCGUGCGCGCGGCGGACGAGCGCUGCAGCUCCCGUCAGCAGCACCGGGCGCAGUCCGCCCCCUUCCCGGAGCAACGGGCCGCGGCGCUCGGCGGUAGUGGCUGCAGCACCUCCGCACUGGGGAACUGAGGGCUACAAGGCGGGGGUGACGGCUCUCCGGUUGGAG